GUGUAGGGGGGGGGGGGGAGAGGGGAGUUGCGCGUGCGCAGUGAGCGUGUCAGUGUGGGCCGCUCGUGCGGGGUUCAAGCGGCUCAGACCAACGGCCGCCGCCGCCGCCGCCAUUAUGGUUUACUACUUUACCAGCAGCGUGUACAGCACAGUGGAGACCACUUAAUUUGGACGCUGGAUAACGUUGAACGACAUCUAUUGUGGACAAGACACCAGUCCCAAUUUGUUUCUAUUUGGUUUCCCCAUCAUACACAAUAUAUAUGGGAAAGGAUAAAUAUGAAAAUGAAGACCUGAUAAAGUACGGGUGGCCAGAAGAUAUUUGGUUUCACGUGGAUAAAUUGUCUUCAGCUCAUGUCUACCUUCGAUUACACAAGGGUCAAACAAUCGAUGAUCUCCCCAAGGAAGUUCUAAUUGACUGUGCGCAACUUGUUAAAGCCAAUAGUAUUCAAGGAUCGAAAAUGAACAACAUAAAUAUUGUGUACACUCCAUGGUCAAAUCUGAAGAAGACUGGGGAUAUGGAUAUAGGGCAAAUAGGAUUUCACAGGCAAAAAGAUGUAAAAAUAAUUGCAGUGGAGAAAAAGAUCAAUGAAAUGUUAAAUCGAUUAGAAAAAACAAAAGAUGAGCGAUUCCCAGACUUAGCAGCAGAAAAAGAAUCCAGAGAACGAGAGGAACGCAAUGAGAAAAAAGCACAGAUGCAAGAGAUGAAACGAAGAGAAAAAGACGAAAUGAAGAAGAAAACUGAAAUGGAAGAACUCAGAAGUUAUUCUUCACUUAUGAAAUCUGAAAACAUGAGUACCAAUCAGGAUGUUGGUUAUGACUCUGAUGACUUCAUGUAAAACCUAAAUUAUAUUGCAUGGACAGUUAAAACUGAAGAUAUGCAGGCCUGCCAAAAAUGCUGUUUGAAAAAGAACAUAUUGCUGGACCCAGUGCCAUGGAUUUAUGAAACCUCUGUCCUGCUGUUAUGACUGAAUGAUUAGUUCAUUUGCUGUUUUUCUCAUUUUGAUUGAAUACAGAUGCAAAAAAUACCUAAUGGCCUAUUGCUUGCAGUAUUAUUCCUAGGUAUUUUUAGAACUAGAUGUGAAGAGAAUCUUUUAAAAUACUGCAGUCUGAUCUAAAAAUGAUUUUUUCUUCUUCAGCAGGCACGUUUAGAUACAUGUUAUACUGAGCUUGUAUUUUUUCCUCAAUUUAAUGUUAUGUAUAGAAAUCCCCCUGCCAAAGAGAGUACGUGACUUAAGAAUAUACUGUACACUAAGAUCUAUUCAUGGUUCCAGCCUCAUUCCCUCCAGUCUUUGGUGUGCAGAGCAAUUGCCUUGAACAUUUCAGUCUGGUUUAUUAAAUCUUACCAAACUGUAGCAGAGGAAAAGAAUAAACUGAAAUUCCAGAGAAACCUCUGGUUACGAAGAAA